AUGGCCAUGUGGCCCUUCAGCCGGAAGGCUAAAAAGGCUUCAAACACUGCAGAGAAAGAUGCGAAGGCAGGUAAAGGAAAAACUCCCGUACAGGGCCCUCCUGGUACGGGACUGAGCGUAGCCGACGCCUCGUCAUCCGCACCUGCGCCUCGUUUCUCACGCCGAGCAAGUCAGAGGAAUACGCAGAAACCCUUAAAUUCUAGAUCCCCAGACGAGUCGCACGACGGGUGGGAAGCGGUUCAAUGGCCGGUAUCAGAAAAUGAAAAGGCCGGGGGAGGUUCCGCCGAAGGUUACGUCGCCACCGGUGCACCAAAGCCAUUGAAUGCGCAGAACAUUCGCCCCGAAUUGAAUUUCAAUCCAACGCAAACAUCAUUGCUUCGAUCAAAAUUGCCGGCAUAUUAUUUCCAGAACCCUGGGUCCCGCACAUCUCUACCACCAGAAAACGCACUUCAACGCCCUACAUUACGAGCCAAACGAAGCGCCAAUGAUUCGAGUCUGUUGCGACGCAAAUCGAGCAAGAAGAAGAAACGAGAUCACGAGCGAGAGGAGGAGAUUAAAGCUAUGAGCACCAUGAGCCCGCCGAUUCCCAUCCCACGUCGACCAACGUCACAUCUGGGUGUGCCGUUGAGACGAGACAGCAAGAAGCUCCAGGGUGGGCUUGGAAGAUAUCCAGAACAGCGAACUUCUGAAAUAUCGCUUUCUUUUGCCGCUUCCAUGCAGUCUUCUGUCUCUUCUGUAUCCGAAUCCGUCGAAUUUCGAGUAAACCCUUUGGAUGUCUUUUCACCUCGGCCGACGAUCCGUUACUUGGAUGCGACGCGCCAAGGCUUCGGAUCGGGUGUUUGGGAGCCUUCACGGAGCAAUUCAAAGCGGACGCGGCGCACUGUGAUCCCCGAGGACGCCGUCGGAGAGGCGCCGCACCGGCGGAGAAUAGAGGAACUGGCCGAUGAUUUCGACGCUGGGGCAUUGCGCGAGGUGAUGGAGCGUGAUCAACGUCGCCGCGACAGAAAGAGGAGAGCUGAGGAAGAACGAGCCUAUCGCAGAUUGUUGCGUCGAUCUGAGGGGCCGCGUGAAGCUCAGAGCCAGCAGAUUGAACCAACACCGCUGGCCUCUGAGCCUCAGGAAGUUGCGAUGAUGGAAUCUGUUCAUGGCGCCGCCGCCGGUGCUGGCCAAGAUGUGCAAGUUGCUCCGCCGCGGGAUCAGUCAAUCGAGAUGCAGCGUGUGCAUUCAUCGAGGUCAUGGCUUCCAGGUAGCUCGAAGGAAAAGCUCAACCUCUCUGAGGACAUUGCCACCGGUGCUGCUCCCCCCACUGAACAAGCCACGCCAGCCGAAGAAAGCGUGGAACCUAUCAUGACCGCUCAGGCGGUACGGCUCUCACAUGCCACGACCUCUUCACCCCAUUCACCCGCCGAACAUAUGCGACAGCCCUCGAAUAUUUCGCAGAUCAGGGACGUGCGGCAUGAGAGCACGCCUGAAGUCUCAAGCCUACUGGAGUCGGAAAGAAGAGGAUCCGACACAAGCGGUCGAUAUAUUGGAGCAUGGUCAUCCUUCUUUCGGCGCAACGCCACCAGGGGCAAAAGACGAUCAGUUGAACGUGGCCGGCUCACUCCAUCAGAAUUCUCCAACACCUCGAGGGAGUCCAUGUCACGUCAGCCGCCACCAGUCUCACUGCAGGGGCGCAUCCGUGCUCGUUCGGGCACUCCUGUACGCACCCAAUCCAAAUUCCGUGAAGAUCUUCCAGAAUACCCAAUUUCACCUCCAGACUCCCGGGUGCAGUCCCCUGAAGCAAGCGUACCCAAUCAGUCGACCCAUUGGAAUCGUGGACAUGAGCUGUACGAGAGAACACUCGCCGGAUCAGCUGUUUCCCGCGAUAUGCCAUCCCGUUCAUCCAUGGCUCCUAGAAACGAGUCGCCUAUGAGCGGGUAUCGAUCUUACGAGGCACCUUCUCCAGACGGAAGAAUGUCUGGUUUAAUGAUGUCUCAGUCUCUUGCUUCCGUUGACUCGGAGGGUUCAUGGCUCUCGGGAAAGCCGAUGCGGAUUCCCUCUCAUACGGCGCCAUUGAGAGAGAGCGCGAGCUCGCUGUUACGAAGGCAAGAGAGAUAUUCACAUUACGAUGAUGAACAUGACGAGAAUGAAGCGCUUGGCAUCACUGAGGACGAGUAUUUCAACCGCUUAACGCCUGGGCCUGACACGGUGCUUGAGAGUGGAGAGACACCUAAUGCGACCCGCAAGCCAAGUAGUACUGCCAUUGGUCCGGAAGAAAGCGAUGGCGAGGAUGUACUCGGCGUACGUGCGGAGGAGAAUGAAGGCGACAAGGGCACUUGGCAUCAUGGACUUGGUCGACAACCCACUGUCAUUCACUCCGGCAAAAGGGCAAAGUCACGUGAAGGGCUUUUGAACUAUUUCCAAGCCGACGCCGAUGACAGAUCUGUAGAGUCGUCGCCCAUGGAAGAUUCACCCAAUGAAGAUGUGGGCUUCGAGGGUGAGCUGGAGACCCCGGCCAUCGAACGAGCUACAAGUGUCGACUACAAGGGAAAGCACGUUCGGCACCUAAGCGCCGGCAGUGCCAAGCUUCUCGACAUUCCGCCCAGAGCUUCUGGGGAGGGACGUAGAUCUGCCGUGGAAGGAUGGUCUGAGCAAACCGCUCAUUGA